CACGUUGUAUAUAGUCAACCAUCAGAUCAAUUUUGUAAAGUCCAUGUUCAAUUUUUCAGAUCAAAGCAGAUGGACUCCGACAAUGCAUCAAGUCAACCAUCUGUGGCAAGUAGUAAUGUUGGUUCUUCUUCGACAGUUCGUUCAAAAGAAGAUCCUACUUGGGAGUAUGCCGGAAAAAUCAGAACUGAAGAUGGGAAGUUGGGGAACAAGUGCAAAUUGUGUGCUCGUAUUAUAAAAGGUGGAGGAAUUACGAAAGUGAAGCAACAUUUAGCCGUAGAAAGGGGUCAAGUUGGUCCUUGUCCUCAAGUUAGCCAUGAUAUUCGUGAGAUGUUCAAGGCUUUACUUAAGACGACUACUAAAUCAACGCCUAUUGCAAGGGUUAAUGCUGAUGAUUCUGAGGAGCAAGGUAGUAUAGGUGUAGUACAAGGGAAAAGCGUUGCAACAACUCCUAAUUUCUUUGAUCCAAGAACAAGCCCAGGAGCUCAAAUCGGCAUAACCGGCAUGAAACUAGUUCUACCACGGUAGAACCAUUCCACUUGUAAAACCGGCGUACCAGCAUAAACCGGUUUGACAACCUUGAUGUAACUUAAGACAUUUCACUUAAUAGAAAUCAUCCGUAAAACCACAUCAAGUUUCAGUUUUCAACAAUUAUUUACAAAAACCCUUAAGUGAAAGAACUUGAAACAAACAAGUCCAUAAAUGGCAUCCUAGAUUGUCGACUGAUGAAAACUUUAAUUUAUAGUGUUUAUCACUCUCACUUUUUUAUUUCUUAUCUGAAUCAUAACUAUUUGAUCAAUGAGCCUUUAAUUGACCUAGGAUGUGCUUGUGUACUCUUUUAUGCCUUCUUGGUAUAUUUUUUUGUGCUUUCAAGGUACAAAGCUACUAUCACCAAAAAAAAAAAAAAAGUGUACAAAGCUACUAAGGACACUUGGAUCAAGUAUUGAAGAACUCUGGAGGACCAAAGGAGCUAUAAAGAGAAGAAAAAGGGAGCUUUGAUGAUAAAGACGAGUUCCAAUGAUAGAGAAGUCUACUAGAAACCACUAUGUGAGCGCAAGACAAGCCCAAUAGAGGAAAACUCAGACCAAGCCGAAGAAGAAAAUAGUGGCAGCCCAACAUCCGGUCCAACCGCUGCGGGAGGAGACUUGGUCAAGACACGUCAAAUGAUGAGAAGAGUUUUCCAUAGACCAAGGAGCCCAGCCCACGAAGAAAAACAAUGACAAGUCCAACCACCGCUCAUGCUCUAAGCUUCUAGAAGCCUUCUUCAAGAAGUUACUUAGUCCACAAGGAGUACAAAACCCAUGCAGCUUCUCGGUAAAUCCUGCACGACCACAAAGGUCACCAUGCACGGCCGUGCACUUUCUCGUCCUGGUCGUGCAACUUGUCUGAUCUCCCUCGCUCGUCCCGAAUUCGCCCAAUCGACCCGAAACUCAUGCUCAAACUUUCAUUUACGAAUUAGGACCUGAAAUGUCAUAAACGUUGCCACGACUGGUCCCGCUUACAGUCUCUUCGCCGACUGGUCCAUUUUCCAGUCCUGCUGCAAUCUAUUUUCUUAGUAACAUCAUUCCCCUUAUCUUUCCCUCUUCUCCAUUGAGGCCAAUGUCGAUCUUAAGUGUGUGUGUGUGUGGGGGGGGGGGGGUGUUUAUAUUUGACUGCUUAGAUGUGUUUGUGUGCUUGAAGCCUAGUCCACUGUCCAAAUUUCAAUUUGAGGGCUCCAAGUACGUGUUUCUCGCAAUCACCUGCUCAAUAUGCUUUGAAUUUAUAGUAUUUAUAGUAUCAUGCAACCUAGGGAGGUAGUUGUAGCACUACAGAGGAUGUUGAAGUAUAAGAUCUGUCCUAUAUUUCUCUUUGUUAUGCCGGUUGAUUGUGUGAACUAGAGGCUUUAAGACAUUUGAUUCAUGUGGUAUCGAUGAAUCCUCUUGUAUUGUGGUGUGGACUCAUGUAUCGUAAAAGUGUGCUCAGGUGAGUGUAAUCAGAAUCAUUUGGUCCUCCAUGUCGGAAAGUUUGAAACAUGGGGUAAGCCCAAUGUGUGGCACCGUUCAUUGCAGAGAAUCAGGUUUUGGAAGAGAUUCUAGUGAUCCUUAGUGGAGUAGGCCUACAAGGUGAAGCUAAACCGUCUCUUGUACAAGUAAAAUUUUCAUGCGUCGAAUGGUUUGCCUAGUCAAGGAUGUGUUUUUAAGGGCAUGGAUAGAGCUUCCGACCCCCCUAAUUUCAGUGACGCUUCACACGAUUUGAGGAUAAGGAGUUAAAAAGUACUCUGGCGAGCGAUAGGUGUACAAAAAUUGCUCCUGCCCAACCAAUAAGGGUCGACUGCGCAUGGAAACCGCAAUUUGGAAUCCCGACAAAGUGUGAAAGAAAAAAAAAAGAUAAAAAGGAAACCAUAAGGAAAAGGGGUUCCAACCAAUGAAGUGGGGGAAAACAC